AUGACCGACUCAAAAACAAACCUCCUGGGCAAUGAAGACCCAAUCGACCCUCCACCAGCCUACGACCCUCCCAAACCAACCCGAGGCACCCUCCCCCGCCCACCACCCCUCGCCCUCCCAGUCCUCAACGCCCUCCGCAACAAACGCGUAAUCCUAGCCUCCCAAUCCCCCCGCCGCCGCCAAAUAAUCUCCUACCUGGGCCUACCAAACAUCGAAAUCAUCCCGUCCAACGCAGAGGAAAACCUUCCCAAAACCCUAACCCCAUUCGAAUACGUCCUCGGCACAGCGACAAAGAAAGCGCAAGCCGUCUACGAGCAGGAAAUCGACAACGAAGUCGCCGGCGAACCAGCCCUUAUUCUCGCCGCAGACACGAUCGUCGUCGACGUCGCGUCGGGGAGUAUCCUGGAGAAACCGCGCUCGGAGGCACACCAUGUAAGCAUGUUGCGGUCGCUACGGGAUGUGCGCGAUCACAAGGUUUACACUGCGCUUGUGGCGAUGGCGCCGUUGGCGAGUGCGCGGCAGCCUGGGUAUGCGAUGGAGUCUGUUGUUGAGGAGACGAAUGUUAGGUUUGAUGGGGAUGUUACGGAUGAGUUGAUACUGGCUUAUGUGCGGACGAGGGAGGGGGUGGAUAAGGCUGGUGGGUAUGGAUUGCAGGGGCUGGGGUCCAUUUUGGUGGAGAAGAUUGAGGGGACGGCAGAUAAUGUUAUUGGGAUGCCGCUUAAGGCGACGUUGAAGUUGAUUGAGACUGUUAUGGCUAAGGCUGAUGAUGAGGAUCGGUUGCCGGAUGAUCCGGUUUUGGAGGAUGAGGAGGCGGAUGAGGGAUUGGAGUGA